UACAGUGAAUAAAUGUGAAAUUUACAGUCGUUUCUAUGAGAAUAACAAAACCAGUCUGGAGGCUUCAAAAUGGCGACUUUCUUCGGAGAAGUUGUGCCAACAUUUUCAAGAGCUGUUGAUGAUGACGAAGACGAGUUAGAAUCACCAAUAAUAUCAACAACCAAUGUUAGAUGGUCUCCAGUUGUUCGUGCAGAGUUGCUAAAGAAGCCUGAUGGGAAAUUACCAUGUCAGAUUCUUAUAAUUGCAAUUGGUCCAGCUGCUGCAGGGUUUGUUCAGGCUUAUGUUUUACAUGAAGAUUACUAUAUAGUUGGGGCAUUAUUCAGUGGACUGGAAGAAACUGACAUUAACACAUUUGAUCAGAUGUCACCGUCAGACAAGACAUGUUAUAUCUACAGAUCUAGAAGUAUUCCGGAUGCUUUUCUAUGUUUGUGUAAAACAGAUGUCACACCAGAACAGUCCUAUUCAUUUACAGAACAGUUAUUUUCUUGCAUCAGUACAGAGUCUUCACAUUUCUACAUGUCAAUAUUGUGUUCAUGCAUGACAAGUGAAUAUAAAAGUGAUAUACCAGUCUCUGACAUGAAUCCUCCAUUUCUACGAUCAUUAAAGACUACAAAGUUUCCUGGAACACCGUUAGGCCCUUAUCUUGAACAACCUAACCUUGUCUCUGGAUUACCAGCUCAAUUGUUAACAUAUGCACAGAUGAUGGACGUUAAAGCAGUGUUAUACAUCUGUUACACAGAUUCCAUAUAUCCAGACUCAUCCUCCAUGAAAAUAUUUUACCCACUUCUUCAGUCUACUCCUAUAAGAGAUCUUAUACAGGAAAAUCCAAAGGCAGAAGAAGUUUUGAAGAAGAUAGUUGAACUUUAUUCUGUUAAAAACACUAUGUAUUUAUGAUACUGGAUACACCUGUCUCGUUUACAAUGUUUAAAUUGCUAAAGGCAAGAGGUUUUCUUGUUGCCAGAGAUACCUCAGUGAAAGCUUGUCCUGAGAAUUCACAAGACGGAUCUUUAGAGAGCAUCACAGUGCUUUAUAUCAGCAUAGUGCUGGACACUUGUGUUCAGAUUUUAACAAUUAUGCGACAAUGGCUUUUUGAAAAGGGAUUGCUGGACUUCCUGUCAGAAAGAGCUAAUAAACCCAACAAAUGCA